AUGGAUAUUUCUCUUACAACCAUCAAAGUUGUCAUCCUGCAAGUACGAGUCAUCAAUAUAUCCAAAGGAAAUGUGCUCCUUAUUCCGUAGUGAUGCAUAAGACUGGUUUCAUAAUUUUUGUAAAAAUACGUGGGGCUGAGGCCAGACCAUUUGGCAGGCAUGCAUAUUGAUAAAAUUGCCCUCGUCCAAGAAAACUUAAGGUACUUUCUGUGCUUAUAGCAUACGGGUGCAGUAUAGUAUACCUCUUAUAUAUACCUCCGUCCUGUUUCAUCAAAUGUAUUGCAGUAUAAAUAGUAUCCUUCUUAAAAUGAUGAUAGUCAACAACUUCAUUUAACUUUUUCAAAUUCAAAACUCUAUAGGUCCCAUCUUUUUUCGGGCGAAGAAAAAUUGUUGAUCCUCCCCCCGCGAUUCUGGGUUAGUGGGCUCAAUUACCACUUUCAUGAAUAACUUCGCGAUUUCAUUAUCAACAAUGCAUCCCUCGGAACUAUUGACAUGCAAUUAGCUCUUUAGGUGACUGCAAUUGCAAUGGAAUGGUUUCAUUAGAAACUCAAUUUCCACUCCUUGUAUUGCUUUUAAUAUCCAUUGGUCUGAAGUAAUUUUUGACCAAGCAGUCUGAAAACAUUUUAGCCUGCACCAAAUGAAUAUAUAGUGUACUAACCUGUUUAUCUAGUUUCACCGACCCUGUGGUUUGUAGUAGCUUUGGCCCCUAAUUUAGUGCCGUGGGAGGUUGUUUUGGGGCCGGAACCUCCCCCGUCCAUUUUUUAAUGCCGGUUAUAAUGAGGGUACAGAAUUUUCUGUACCCUCACUGAACGCCGAAUAGGUACGCAGUAUGUACUGAAUGUUUUCUGAACAUUUUUUUUAAUGUCCGCUGGAAAAUGUUUUCAACCUUUCGGGACAAAAUAGGGGCCACGAAGUAAAAAUUUUCCCCGGGCACCCGAAUUUCUCUGUGAGGCCCUGCCCAUGCAGUAAUCCAAAUUCCAUUUUCGUAGUCCAAAAAUAGGCAAAUUCCUGUUCCUAUUUACUCCUUCAGCUCAGGACCCUCUUCUCCAAGUUUUCAAAAGAUUACUUACCGAAGUCGCAAUAUUACGAAUCAAUUUAUAAAUAGCACGUUCCAAGCAUUUAUUAUAAACCUCCAAACACACGUUGUAUAUAAUGAACCAGGAAGUGUUCCUUUAAUUUUCUGAAUUCAGUUUUAUAUGUACAAUAUAUUUAUUUUUCAGUACUGGAACGGCAUAAUCAGUGCGAAGUCAAAGAGCAACGCUAAAAAAGAAUGCCAUUUGUUUGUGGAAAACGAUUUUAAUCGUAUGACUUUGGAUGCGUUAGGCGAAUGUGUAUUUGGUUAUGAGUUUAACACCACCGAAGCAGGUGAUACCAUAAUAUCCCGUGCAUUCACUGAUUUAUUCACUGGUGUAAAUCCAGCUGCAAAGUCAUUUUCAAUAAAACUACUCCUGUGGUUCCCAUUCCUUAAAUACUUCAUGAAAAGUGUUAUCAAAGGCGAAGAAGCGCUUAAAACCAUUGCGUGCGUUAUCAAACAGGUAAGAGUAGCUAGUAUAUUCAGGUAAACAUCCCUUUUUGUUUUGAAAUUAAUAAUUCUGUUGUUCAAACUGACGUAGGACGGGUAGCAUAAUGAAAUCGUAAGAGCCAGCAUAACAAAUCUUGCUUCGUGCUAUAUAGUAAAAGUUGUGUAACAUUUAAUAGACAACGUCUUGCAUGUUAGACUAAUUUUUGAUCUAGGAAAAAAAGUAAAUUCACGUAAAUUAAAAGUAAAUUCCCGUAAACUUAUUAAGUAAAAAACAAAUUCCGAAAAGACAAGACAUCUUGAGAAUUCAGUAUAUGAUUCAAAACAAGACGCAGUGUAAAUUUUCGACUUUAUUUCAAAGUCAUCUUCAGACAGAAUGAAAUACAAUACUUUGCAACACAGAUAUAUAUAUUUCCGCAUGUAAUACAAACUAUAUAUAUAUAUAUAUAUAACUAUAUAUAUAUAUAUAUAUAUAUAUAUAUAUAUAUAUAUAUAUAUAUAUAUAUAUAUAUAUAUAUAUAUAUAUAUAUAUAUAUAUAUAUAUAUAUAUAUAUAUAUAUAUAUAUAUAUAUAUAUAUAUAUAUAUAUAUAUAUAUAUAUAUAUAUAUAUAUAUAUACUGCUAAUUCAAUAAAGGUUGUCCUUUGCAAACCUUAAACCUUAAAACCUUAAACCUUAAACUCUAAGCGCGCAAAGCAUGAUGGGAGCACUGAUUUCAAGCUUAAUUGUUGAUUAUUGAAGCUGUUUGUCAGUGAAAUGUUUUUGCAGGGAGAUUUUUAUCAUGUCUCCAAAAAAUGGGCUCCAUAUAUGCUUUCUAAACUGCUUAAAUUUUGCUCCCAUUAUGCUUUGCACGCUUAGAGUUUAAGGUUUAAGGUUUUAGAGUUUAAGGUUUCAAAGGACAACCUUUAUUGAAUUAGCUGUAUAUAUAUAUAUAUAUAUAUAUAUAUAUAUAUAUAUAUAUAUAUAUAUAUAUAUAUAUAUAUAUAUAUAUAUAUAUAUAUAUAUAUAUAUAUAUAUAUAUAUAUAUAUAUAUAUAUAUAUAUAUAUAUAUAUAUAUAUAUAUAUGUACAACGCAGAGAGAGAGCAUCUGUCAUGUGGGCGACAAGAAGGGCAUCUGUCAUGUGGGCGAAACAUGAUAAAGAAAUUAUAGUAAAAAACUGAAAAUGGAUUAUUUAGCUAUAUUUCCAACAAUGUUUCACAUAUUAAAAGGAUUAAAGUAGAAAGUAAACUUAUUAAAAUUAGUAAAAUUGCAAAAUUUGGUUACGAAAUGUUGUAAAAUGCAGAAAUACAGCCUUGCGAAGUUUGUAUUACAUGCGGAAAUUGUUACCAUUUUUGAGCCGAAAAUUAUAACAAUUUCCGCACGUAAUACAACUUUUAGGGACCAGUCAUAAAGUAUUUACUAGGGGGUGUGGAGGAUAUUUUUGGGGGUACGAAAAAAAGAGAACCUCUGAGGGGUGGGGGGGGGUACGAAAAAACAACAGAACCUCUAGGGGGGGGGGGCAAAAUCUUAGUACUAUAGGUACGGAAAAAAUAACAUUUUAUAACUAUUGUUGAAUAUUGAAUGUUUUGUGCCCAGAUUUAAGUUUGGAAAGAAUUGCUUUACUUAUAAUUAUUAAAUCAACACAAGGUAUAUGUUUUUAUGUGACUCAAUGUCAGAUGAUAAGUAAGAUUCAGUAUCCGUUGAACUUUUGGAGUACAAAGCUGAUACAGCUGAAUUGUCAAUGCUAGCAAGCUCACACCGGCAUUAGAACUUGAUGAACCUGAUGAGGAAGUGUCACAUUGAAUGGAAGCAAUUUUUUUCUAUUCGAAAUAAACCAAAAACAAAUUUUUCUGUUUCAUCAUACUCUCAGCCCAUCGUUAGUAUGUCAGAAUCUGAAAAGACUGGUGACGAAUCAGAGUCUGUGGAAAAUGUUGAGGAUAUGGUUACCACUACAAGAAGUGGGAGAGUUAUCGCAAACUGGAGGGUUUCGAAAUAUAGAUAAACGCAAGACAAAUGUUAAAACAGAGGGGGGGGGUAUGAAAAUUUUCAUUUACAUUGAAGGGGGUUACGAAAAUGUUUCCACAGGUUUUUGGGAGGGUAUGGAAAUAUGUACUUGAAAUUUCAUUUAUCCUCCACCCCCCUCUAGUAAUUACUUUAUGACCGGUCCCUUAUCUUCGAGUGGUGAAAAUAAAAGUCAUAUCUUCAAGCCACCGUGUAAUGUUCUGUUUAUUAUAUUGUCCCAAGCAAUUAAAAAAUUGUAUAUUAAUACUAAAAGUCACGUGAUCGAUAUCUUUACUAGUGAAGAUAUGGAAAAUAUCUCACUGUAUAUUUCAGUAUCUCACUUUCUAUUAUAUAAUAAAAACAUAUACAAAAUUUGCAAACUUUGUAAGACUAUCGCCCGUCAUCGGAAAUAGAAAUUUCCGGACAUCGGAAAUAGAAAUCUGCAAAUUCCAUGGUUUUAUUUUAUAUAAGGGAAGUCUUGUCUAUAAACUGUUGAUUUUCAUUCCUCCUUUUCCGGACAGCUUGCCCUUGUACUGAUCACGUGUUUUCCGACGGUGAUUCCACCGCUUAGUAUUCCAAUGAGUGGGAUGUACGGUGUUACGUAACUGACGAGGUUUUUAUGUCUUUUCUAAGCAGAUCGUUUUCCUCCAGUUCUUUUUUCAUUCCUUCAACAUCCUUAACAGCGUCCAACGCCUCCAUGAGUUCGGAAAACUUGGUGAUGAUAACGUCGGCUAGUUGGUUGUUUGUGUUUUCCAGACGUUGUCUUUCGUAGUCUUUGUAUAUGUUUUCCAGCGUCUUUUCGGAGAUGCUUUUUUGAUAUAUUUUGAGGCGUACUUGAUUUCACCCGCAUCGACCAGUUUCAGUAGCUUUUCCCUUAGAUCGCUUGCGACAGGUGUCUCAGGCUCUACAGAUUCGAAUAUGGUUUCCAUUCCUUUAUUUAAUAUGCGGAAUAAUUGUUUUGUGGGUAUAAGGUCGACGUAGUAGUAUUUCCAACCUGGCGUAGUCGUUGUUUUUUAGCGUAUUAAUGAUUUCCUUCCUUUCUUCUUUUUCCGUGUUUGCAAGGUAGUCAGUCGUUCAAUAUAAUGUCCGUAUCUUUUGCGCUCGGGUUGUAAAAGGUUACGAGUUUGGAUAUAUUUUCCCUAUAGGGUUUCGCAAUGGAUGUAAGCUGUUGGGUAAUGACAAUGGUUGAUAUUCCCAUAUGUCUAGCCCUAAACCCAAGUUUUACCAAUUCGCUGGUCCUGUUUUUGACGGAUUGGCUACUAGCACAGUGAUCAAGAACGAUUAGGCUAUUUGUUUGAAUGCUGUUCUUAGGGUUUGUAAUCCAAGUGAGUAUAUAUAUACAUUUUAAGACAAAAAGGAAAAAAAUAGGGGGGCGGAUAGAAAAUUGCCCGACUUUUCGUGAUUGUGCCCGACUAUUACCGAAAAAUUUUUUCCGGAAAAAUGAUUUUGGCGACCCUUCGACCGCCCCCCCCCGUCGCCAAAAAAAAUUCGGUCAGUGUACCAUUUUAGGGGUCAAAAAAAUUUUCCGGACAUACCAAAAUUUUUCGUAACACACAAAUUUUCCAAAAAACUCUACAUUGGCCACAAAAUUGACUACAUUUUCGACAAAAUUGACAGAAUUUGUCCCACUCAUUUUUAUAACUAACCAAAAUUGCCCGACUGUUAAUCGAAUAUUGCCCGACUGCCCAAAAAACUGGGGGUGCUACCGCCAGAAAUAUAUACUCGAAGUGGUUUUUAUAAUCGUUCUCCAGCAUUUCUGGUAGGUAAUGGUUUUCCCACAUCCGGUCAUGAUCAUGUUGAAUGGUGUUUCCAAUGGAUCCAUCUUUUAUUAUUUAGUAACUAAUACCCUGGAGGGUCUUUUCGCUGAUGUUUAUGAGUCCAUCGGAUAGCACAAAGAUGUUACAGAGGAUGUCUUCGGUAAUAGUGUCUGUUUCAAUUUCCAGGAGAAUUCCAGGGUUAUCACCGAGAAGCUUUUUUCCACUUCCAACGAUAUGGUUGUCGUCGACAGCUCUCAGAUCGAUCACCAAUGCGAAUUUGUCUUUGUAGAAUUUCGUAACGCUUAUGUCGUCAUUACAGGUGUUGUUGGCUAUUCCGAACAGUCUUUUUGCUUCGUCAUAGAAGUUUUCGUAUGUUAGUCCCUGACUAUAUACAGCAUUCGGUUUCCCCUCUAUCGUAACCUUUACCUUUUCGAUGCUUGGGAAGACGUAUUCCUCGCUGGCGGUUAUUGUUCUUUUUCUGAAAAGUAUAGGACCACAGCCCUCAUGCUUACCCUCGGAACAUCUAUGGUUUCGUUAAACCUUGUAGCAUCCUUUGACCACACGGUUGUUUUUAACACGGUUGUUUUUAACGGGAUAGGGAUCUGCCGGCCUCGUAUCCUUCGUUUACCCGUUUAGCUAGUUCCUCGUUUUCGAUGGUUUCGUAUUCCAGAUGUAUGUUUUUUAGUGUAUAUCCCUCCACCUUCUCGUUUGCCUGUGCAACCAUAAUCUUGUCGGCUUUUGGAAGGGUUAUCGUGUACUCGAAUCCACUUUUCAUGGUCAUGUUCACCGUGGUCAUUGAAAAUUUUUCCGAGUUUCAUUUUUUGUUCCUUGUAUACCUUUGCCAUCACCAGGUCGUAGUUACCAUCCGUCUUUUCGGUUUGAUCGGCACUGUCGUCCUUCGACAAUAGCUUUCUUGUGUUCUCGUUCAUAAUCCCGUAUUCUAUCAUGUUUGCUCUUUUUGAAUCCAUCUUCCAGAGAUCUUUGUAGACUUUGAUGAGACUUUCGCCGUUAUUGUCGUAUACUAUCUCACCUCCCACCCUUAUCAUGAGUCGUUCGCACAGAAGUUUACCGAGGUUAUUCAUGAACCAGGAUUUGGUGUUUUCGUUCUUGAACUCAUACGACAGGCGAAAUGAAUCUGGAACGAUACAGGUGUUCGGUUCCAGUUUCUGAACUACUAUGCAGAUGUCGUUUCCGGGGUUGGAUUCGUUUGGGUUAAAUGUAAUGAAGUUAUAUACUCUGUUCCCUACAACAUCGGAGGUCAGUGCCCUUUUGAAACCGGGUGUAAGUUCUUGGCUUCUCUUCUCCAUUCCCUUUAUUAUAGUAUAAUAACUAAUUAUUAAAUUUUUCGAACUUUGGUUUCGGCUCGUCCUGCAUCUGCGGUUCUGCUGUAUGAUUAGGCUUGUCCGUAGGUCUGACAUUACAGUAUAUGUAGUAGAUUCCUCCUAACACAGCUGCUGCGACUCCAGCGUAAAUCAGCGUAUUUACCGAAUCACUUUGAUCGGAAUUAUUUUCGAUGUUACGUCUUUCUACAGCUUUCCUUGCUUUUGCUUCUUUAGAUAUUGCGGCUAGUCUCUUACCUGAUUCUACCCUUCUUGGAUCCUUCGGUUUCUGGGUUUUCUCCGUUCUUGUUAUUGUUGGCUCAUCCAUGCUCUAUUUAAUAUACCUACUUUUUUUAAAUUUCUAGUUGAAUCUAGUCAAAGUCUAGUCAGAGUCUAGUCAAAGUCUAGUCAGAGUCUAGUCAAAGUCUAGUCAAAGUCUAGUUAAAUCCAGUCAAAUUCUAGUCAAAGUCUAGUCAAAUGUUGCUUGAGUUAGUUGCAGCAUAACCUUAAGUAGUUUCAAGAUCAGCUUAAGGUAAUCUCGAAACCUACUUAAAGAAAUAUUUUUUAUAUAAUAAAAGAUAUGAGAUCUAUUUUACGACUGAAGUUCUCUCGGACAUCUGGAAGAGGCGUGCCGUUCGCUGUCCAUCUGCCCUUGAGGGAGAGUCUUCUUCCCCUAUCUGCCGUGUUUAAAUGGGCACAGGGUUUACCACCGGGUAGUAGAAGUACGUUUUUGGAAAAUAUUAGAAAAAUCGAUGAGAAGGCUUACAAGCGUAGGGAGCGGAAGUUGAUCAUAGAUACUUUUAAACAGUUGGAAAGUCAUCCGGACUAUAGGGAAACGGAUUACGAGAAAAGGGAGCGUCUGAGGAAGGAAGCGAUCGAGCAGGAACACAAAAGGAAGAUGAAAUUCUGUGAAUCCGGAGAUAAACACCAGCUUAUUGAUAUAAACGGGGAAAGAACGUGUCACAAAUGUGGAUUAGCUACGGGACACACACCCCCUGUCCCAAACUACAAUUGUUGGGACGACGCAAUCAUGAAGUACAGAAAGGUUCGAACUGUUCAGCGAUAGGUUCGAACUGUUCUGUAUUAGAAGGAGUAUAACAUAUUCUGAUCUACCACAGUAUGAGAGGCAUGCGGUAGUAGGAAACAUCCAAAUAAUUUGUAGGGCCGAGUUGGAUUUAGAGGAGGAUAGGGAGGAGGAGGAUAGUGAGGAGGAGGAUAGGGAGGAAAAGCUGAAAAGGAGGACGCUUCCUAACCUCAGCAUUUUAACCUAUCAGAUAUGCAAAAGACUUAACAUAAAUAUCGACGAGAAUCUGCUUAAGAUUCCGAAAAGCAGAGUUCCACAGAUCGAUGUAGAGAAAUAUUCCAGAAGUUGGGUUAGGAAUACACCGAGUUCGGUUGUCAGAACAAGAUAACCACGUGGUCUCAGGUCCCAUUUGUGGUCUCAGGUUUUGCGUGUAAACAUCCCAUUUUAUUUACUCUUCUUUUUAUUUUCUUCCUUCGUGGUCUUUGCUGACGGUACCGCUUUGUCUUCCUUUGCGGUCUUUGCCGACGGUCCCGCUUUUUCCUUACACGACGUAACGUACUUGAUGUUGGUUGUCUUGGAUUUAACGUAACCGAGAUUCAGUCCACCUCUACUGAGUUUUAUACCAACGUUGACGGUUUUGUCCUUUUUUAAUUUUCCCCUAACUUUGCUGCUGUCGCUAUUCAUUCUUUUAUUAAUACGAAAAUAAUAUCCAUCUUGAAGUGAUAACCCCACCGAUGAACAUAGUGCCGAGGAGGUAAACCAGAUUGUUUGUUGGUCUUGGUAUGCUUGCUGUGUUAGGAUGUGGUAUGGGGUUCUGGUCUUUGCGUGGUAUAGGGUUUUGGACUUUUACAUCCGGACUCUUUUUUAUCUCCUUAGGUUUUGAGUAGUUAACAUCCGUAUUACUACCAAACUUCAUGUCAUUUGUCGCUAGUGUUAGUGUGUUGUUGUAUCCCGCUACUUUUUCCUUAAGUAUGAUCAUACUGGAUGGUAUUAAUCAGUCCGGGUUAUAUUGCCAUGUUAAGUACAACGUUAGUAUCCUUUAUUGCCCUCCUCAUAUUGGAGAUGGAUACCGAUACAUCGUCUUGCGCAACGGUGUCUUUGAAAAGUCUGUGAAAUAUGUCCUGAAUCUUCGCCCCUUUACCAACGAUAGACCAACGUGUUUGUGCUUGCGCACCUAAUACGCAGUAGACGUAACUUUCAAUAGAUUGCUGAAGUAGCUUUAAUCCCAGACGUGUCAAUCCGUCCGAUUACUUAGCUAUGAAUUGGGUGUAGUCCGUAUCGCUGUUGUUAAUGACCUUGUCUACUUCCUGAUAGCUAAUUCCCAUUACACCACCGGUAUGGUAGUAUGAAUAUCUGUAGUUUCUAACCCUACUUUUAUCCGGAAGUCUGCUAUGCCAGAGACCUAUUUCUGUCUGUCCUCGGUGGAAUUUGUCAACCCAUGUUUUCUGUAUGGGUAUGUUUCUCUGCAGGGACUUUAGCAUAUCCUUUGUUACGUAUUUCGUCAUUUUGCUUGGAUUUCUGAGGAACCUAGGCAUGUGGUAGUAUAGGUGAUACCUAACAAUACUUGUGAUUACCCUCGAGGUUCCUUUGCUUUCCAGCAGAUGUUCCGUACUUAUCCCACACUUAAACGUAAUAAUGUAAGCAGCCAGUAUCGAUGCAAAAUAGGGAUCGUUUAUAUAAUCGAACUUUACCCUGGUGAUAUCCUUUGUGGUACCGGUCCACUUCGUGUCGAGAUCGGCGAAAUUAGAGACAAAGCUGUUGUGAGAGGUAUUUUAAUACCUUUUAAUACCUAGAGGUAUUUUAAUACCCUAUUUUAAUACCUUUUUAAAAAAAACUGGCGGCAAUCUUGAGAACCUACCUCUAGUUCAUCCCCUUUAGCCAACGUUGCCCCAAACCAUUGUUGUAGUGGUUUAAAAAACAAGGUGGUCAACUUCAAACGCACUGACAAUUUUGAAUCAUUCAAAUGACGCUAACGAUUUUUUUCGAUCAUAUAUGCUCCACCCAGGCCUGUGUUCCACCCAAAUAUGUCGGUUUGUAGCAUCCUCGUUUCCAGGUCCUAUCGGCUGCGGGCAGCCUGCAUAGGCCCUGGGACACACGGAACCGGACGUGCAAGAAAACUUGCAGUAAUUUCUAAAGGUCGUACUCUUGAAUUGGGACGUUUUAGCACCCGUAACAAUUUUCACAGAGAAGCACUGUAUUACGAAGAAACGAAGCAUUUGUGUUGACAUAUUUUGAUAAUAAUUUUGCCUAGCGAAAACUGAUCGUCUUCCGAGAAGCCAAUCAGAUCUCUCCCUUUUGUCAUAUAACCCAGAGCCUAAUUUUCAACGAGUGACCAAGCGAAAAUGGCUCUUGGGACGAGAAUUGGUGAAAAAUUCACUCAUUUCCAUGCACAACUCAGCAUAGAAAUAGAGCUGAACCCAAUGCACCUAAUGUCAUUGUUUUUAACAGUAAUGUCAUAUGCCAUAAUACCAUUCAUACAAUUAUACAAUAUAAAGAGUAUUGUAGUUAUUUUGGUGUCCACUAUACUGCUUUACUACUUUACACACUGUGGAUUAUCAAACUGGUUCAUCAUAAUUUGCCUUCGUCCUUUUGAUUUACUUCAAAAUUGAAAAUAAUUUUUUUUAAACGAUUUAUAGCCUUGCCUAGAACUAGAAGCUUGGCAUAUAAACAUGAAUCAUCAUGCUUUGAAUAUAUAUGACGGUAGGUGACACUAUAUAGGUCGUGAAGGCAACCGUGAAUGCAAUUCUUUUCUAUUCUGGCAACUGGUGUUCUUCUACCUUCCAUAAAGUCUGUGCCUUGAAACUGUAAGCGUAAAACAUUUUCUCAUUUUCCCAAUCAUAUUGCCAUAUUUAUAUAGAUAAUCGGUGAUAAACGUGAAAAGAAACCAGACAUUUCUACUACACGAAAAGACCUACUGGAUCGUCUUAUUGAGGCUGUUGAUGAAGAGACUGGCCAAGGUAUGGAUGAAGAAGAGCUAUUUAGCGAGGUAUUCGCAUUUUUAUUUGCUGGCCACGAAACGAGUUCUGUUGCCUUGUCUUGGAUCCUUUAUUAUCUUGCUCAAUACCCUGACAUUCAGGAAAAAAUCCGUCGGGAAGUUUUAGAGACAUUAACCGAACAAGAAGGGAGUUGGGAAGCCUACGAGUCAAUGGAGUAUCUUACAGCCGUGAUAAACGAGUCAAUGCGUCUCCGGCCUCCAGUUUCUGUAUAUCGUAGAAAAGUAAUUCGCGACGAUAAUAUUCUUGGCUACAAUAUACCUGCUGACUCUGUGAUUGUCAUUUCACCUUACGUUGUCCAUCGUAAACCUGAAUAUUGGUCGGAUCCGGAGACCUUCAAUCCGGAUAGGUUCCUGGAAUCAAGUAAGUGAUUCAUGCAAGCUAAUGAAACUGGCAUUGCUAAGCAUUGCUGUGUUAUUUCAAAAGUUUGCAGUUUAAUAUUGUUAAAUUGUUUGUGUAUAUUUGUUUCCUCAGUAUUUAGAAAACAUUCAUGAACACCGGGAAAAAUUGUAUUUGUAACCUGUAAAUGUCGUAAAUUCGACUACAAUCCUGGCAUUUUCAACUUGCUCAAAACGUAUUAAAAAACUUUUCUCCAUUGAAACAUGACUGGAUUUUGAAGGGAGUGUGGAAAGGUGCGCACCUCCACUGAGAUCGUUUUGCACCUCCCCUGAUAAUUUUUGCGGGGACGUUUCAAUGAUAGAUCAAUGUGAAAAUUUGACAUUUUUUGGUUGCUUAGGGUCUACACUUCGUAAGAAAGUUUUUCUGUAAAAUUGAAAUAGUGAUAGCCAUUCAUCUCUGUGUCGAAUACCCUUUUAAUGCAAUGUUUUGAAAGAAACUUUGUAGUAAUUGUAAUGAAGGGCAAAAUUGGAUGAGUUGUACAAUUCAUUAAUACACUGAUGCAUAUGUACACUACAUGCAUACGUCAUACAUGUCGUUGAUUUUGGGAUGUUCUAAGCCCUGACUUUCCAUGGGGGUUGUGAGCUUGACCGCUAGACAUUUAUUAGACCUAACCAGGACCAGCUGCAAAAACUAUAGGUCCCUGGCGGGAAUCGAACCUGAGGCCCUGCGAUUCCGGUGCAUGUUCUUGUAUCACAUAACCUACAGAAGGCAGUACUCUAGAACAGUUACUUGAACUUGUGGUUAGAGUUCGACAACUGGCCUCUGUAGCUCAGUUGGUUAGGGCGCUGCACCGGAAUCGCAGGACCGAAAGUUGAGGGGACCUAAAGUUGCAUUUUUCACAACUGUUCUUGGUUUGUUCGGUCUAAUAAAUGUAUAUAAAUUUCUACUCCAUAAAUUCCAUCUACAAUACCCUUACUGAUGAUCGUGUUCGUUUGCAGUGCGUGACUACAACUGCUAGGAUGCUUUGCGAGAAUCUUGGUAGGAAAGGAGAGCAAAUAGUCGCGAAGUAGAAGUCACACACCACAAUGAAACGUCAUUCUGCAUAAAUCCCAGUACUGUAUAUACAUUCCAAUAGGCUGUACUGUUUAUUGCAUUCAGUCUUGCCACAAGGCCUCGUUUUCAUGUGGUUAUAUCCACAUGUCGUGCACACUAGGGUUAAGGAUAAGCUUUCGAUUGAGGUAAAGAUCAAAGAGAAACAUAUUCGUGAACGACACAUGGGGAUAUAAUCUUCAUGUGCGCCUGCCAUGAGAAAACCAGGAAACACGGAAAUGAGGCCAUUGGGGCAAAUUAAAGUGCAAUGAAUAGUAAAAUCUAUCAUGAAAACUUGUCGGCUCCUACUGUAAGUCCACGAAUUACUUCUGCAUCAUUUAAAUACGUAUACCCCAGUGUGUGGGGCGUAGAACUAUACAGAAGGUAAUGGAUAUCAACAAGUUGUGGUUUAAUAAAUUACAGACCUAUUCAUUUAUGGAUUAACUAUAUUCUGUAUCAUCCUCGUCCUGGGGACCUAUCAUCCUCGUCCUGGGGACGAGGAUGUAUGAUCUGCAUAGGUUACAGUCCGUGAGUUGACAACAUCGUCGCUUAUAAGCGUUUUGUUUCACACAGAACCUGUCGUAGAAUAUCGCUGAUAAAAUUAUAGGGCGCGUGAGGACAUACUGACUGAUACUGUGUUAUUUUAAAAUAUUUUGAAUACGUUUGCCCCAUGCAAGAGCUAAUAAGCUCAUCUAGGAGUUAUCACUGAGAUAAUGAGGAUCAUUUUUUAACUGACAAAUUCACAACAUUUAUUGUUUCUAUAGAUAAUCCCAACAACCGUCGUACUUUCUUGCCAUUUUCCAAUGGUCCUCGAUUCUGCAUCGGCUACAGAUUUGCUUUGAUGGAAAUUAAGGUCGUCGUUGCCACCUUAAUCCGGGAAUUUUCAUUUUCAAUGAUUCCUGGAAUGUCAUUUGCAGGUUCUAUUUCCGUUACCUACAGACCUAAACCUAAUCUAGAACUUCUCGUACGAAAGGUGAGCGGAUAAGAGGAGACUGUGAGACAAUUCAGUAUUAUGACUAAUCAAGAUAUGGAAAUGUAAUCAAGACCAUAUAAUUAUUGAUAUAUCGAAUCAUAUUUUUCCUAUUACAUUUUGUGAUAUACAAUCAUAAAUAGCUAGAAUAAAUCUGAGACC